UCCCAGCAGAGUGUGAAUGAAUGACUGUGUCCUCCGUCCUGCCCCGAGUCGCAAAUCAUGCUGCUUGUCUGGGAGCAAAACAAAGCUUGAGACCCAAGAUGAAGGCAGAGAAGGACGCUCCUUCUAAAGCCAAAAUAACACACCAGAUUUUAUUGCUCGUAUGCCUCGGACUCUUCAAUUCAGGUGAAGUUGUGACAGUGAACAUGACUAUCCCCAACACUCUCAUCAGAGGCUCCGUAGGAGGCGAAGCCCUUCUGUCUGUCAGCUACAGCAGCUUCAGCAUCGACCCACCGGUCAUCAAGUGGCAGCUCCAGAGAGAAAAAUCUGUCACUGUGGUCCAGUCGAUUGGAACCGACAUUAUCGGGACCCUGAGGCCCGAGUACCGAGACCGCAUCCUGGUGUUUGAGAACGGGACUCUGCUUCUCCACAACCUCAGACCCUCUGAUGAUGGAACUUAUGACGUGGAGAUCUCCAUCACGGAUGACACGUUUCCAGGAGAGGGCAGCAUCACACUCAGUGUGGACGAGCCCAUAUCCAGGCCCUACAUCCACAUGGAAUCUACAUCAGUGCUGGAGCUCAGCGAGAAUGUUGUCCUCAACUGCUCCCAUGACAACGGAACCCGGACCACGUACAGGUGGUUCAAAGGUGGGAAGCCGCUGACCAAUGAGACGAGGUUCGUGCUGUCGCCUGAUCAGAAACUGCUGACCAUCCUGAGGGUACUGAUGAAAGAUGAUGACAUCUACAGCUGCACUGUGGAGAAUCCUGUGGGCAACGUGACCAGUCUGCCCAUCAGGCUGACUGUGUACAGAAGAAGUUCCCUCUAUAUCAUCCUGUCCACCGGAGGCAUCUUCCUCCUCAUCACUUUGGUGACAGUUUGUGCCUGCUGGACGCCAUCUAAAAAGCGAAAACAUCCACCCAGAAAACCUCUGCCGAGGUUUUAUGAUCACCCUCAUCACACACCAAUCAGUCACACAGAUGACAUGCUUCCAAAAACGACGGAGCACAAUGGAGUUAAUGCCGUAACUUCACUUUACAUCCUCCAACAAAAGGAUCCCUCCACAGACGACUCCUCCAGCAACAGCAUUGGAUCUCCAUCUGAAUUUGACCACCCUCCAUGCUACUCUACUCCCCCCAAGUACACCAGACCUCUGGCCCAUUCUAAUGGAUCUCCUGCUCGGGCCUCCCUUCGAUACACCUGAUCGCCCAGACGUUUAAACUCUCCACAACGCAGUGAGCAGGAGGUCACAGCGUCCUAAUAUGUGCUGCUCCUGGUUCUGACUGAUCCUACACAUCCACCUGGAGUUUGGGAAACAUCUCAUUUUCCGUUUUUCACAAAAACUGGCUGCCUUUGAAUAAAAGAAACUGUAGCAUAAAUAAGAGAUAUUUUACAGUUUAGUAAGGAGGAAUAUAAAGGCAGACAAGUUUUUAACUGACUGUGAAGCUUGUAUUUGGGUCACUGAUGUCGUAGGUUACUGGAACUCUAAAAUCUGGGUUAAUGUUUAGCAGGAAGUGUCGGUAAGAUGCAACUGUCAGUGUGAUAGAAAAAAAAAAGUAUCUUUAUGUGUGAUAUUUUCGGUAGUCUUCAGUGAAAGUCUUGUGAAAUAAUGUAUAUUAGGGUUUUAGUUCUACUAGAUUUAGUGUUUUCAGUAUAAAUAGAGACAAAGCCAUGUUGGAGUAGGCACCAUGGUGUUUGAAUUUUAUACCUACUUUAAUAAAAAUGUGAAGUUCUCAAAA